AUGAAGGGUGUGAAAGGAGGACUGGGGCCUAAGGGAGAGAAAGGAGAAAGUGUGAAUAGUGCAGUGUCACAGACCAACUGGAAACAGUGUGUGUGGAAAAAGGAUUGCUCAUUCAACAAGCUGCAGUCUGAUACAGCCAUUAAAGUCUCAUUCCAGGGAAUUAUGAGAGUCUCUGGCAGUAAUCAAUGUAACCGGUGGUUCUUCAAGUUUAAUGGAAAUGAAUGCAGUGGACCAAUGACAAUUGAGGCUGUUGUGUACAACUAUUGGCCAUCUGGUAAUCCCAAUCUGCAUCAUCACAGAUCAUUUGAGGGAUGCUGUGAAAACAUUCCACAAGGCAGGGUUACUGUGGAGUUAUGGGUUGGGAAGUGUCCCAGUGGUUAUAUACAGGGUGAUGCCUACACUGGAUGGUUAUCAGUAUCCCGAAUAAUGAUCGAGGAAGUCUCUAGAGCCCAGUCCUAA